AUGGAUAUCACACAAGAGCUAAAACAGGCGGACAAGAGUGGAAAGAAGGGACCAUCUCCAAAGCUUAAAGGACACCCUCGUGAUGAUCCACGGGUACGUGUAUCGAAGAGCCUGAGCUGGCUGCUACGGCAUGGAGCAAAGAAUGCAGGAUUAGAUAUGAGAGAUGACGGGUAUGCCAAAGUCUCAGAUGUGCUCUCGAAUCCUAUGUUUAGAGACGUCAAUUUCUCUCAGUUGCAAGAGAUCGUUAGCAAAGACCAAAAGCAGCGAUUUCACCUUCUAUCAGAGCCUCGGUCAUCUGACUCACCGUCUGACAUAUGGUGGAUCAGAGCAAAUCAGGGGCAUUCCUUGAAGACUGUCACGCUGGACAUGCAGCCUAUUACAUCCGCAUUAGAUGUACCAAUGGCUGUUCACGGCACGACACUUAGUGCCUGGGAGUUCAUAGCUACGCAAGGCCUAUCCAAAAUGAAGCGAAAUCACAUUCAUCUUGCCCAGGGCAUUCCGGGAGAUAAUGUCAUGAGCGGGAUGCGCAACUCCUCACAAAUUCUGAUUUUUGUUGAUGUGCAGAAAGCCCUCGAUGCUGGUGUUCUGUUCUACUUGUCCGCUAAUGGCGUUGUCCUGACAGACGGCAACGAAGGGUUCCUAUCACCAACUUAUUUCCAGCGGGUGGAGUUUGCCAAGGGACGCUCGCCGGUACCAGGAUGGGAAGGCGCAGGACCAGUUGUACCACGGGCAUUACUCGCUCAGUCCUCGCUAUCCGUCGAAGGUCUUCAAGUUGCACAGUCUGAUUCAAAUACAAGUGAAUCUACAUAA